AUGGCGCCUCGGAAGCGCGUACAAAAGCCUCGUGCCGACGCACCAUCUAACGAAAAGAAGACGCGCGAUAUCCGAGCUCAACGCAGGGAAGCAGUGCGCGAGCAGAUCCUUCGCGAAAAGGUUCCCCCAAAUGAAGUUCCUCGCGAGGACGUUCCUCAAGGCCAAGCUCGCCGCGAUAAGAUCACUUCACUCAACGCUCUCAACUCACCCCUCCUUCGCCUGCCGGCCGAAAUCGGGAACGUCAUCUUCCUUUGCGUCUUCACCGGCAUGGAGUAUACAUUUGACGAAUACUGCUGGGAGGAUCCCGAGACUCAGUGCCUGUACUCGUUCGACGAAUGUAAUCUGGGUCUCAUCGCUGCGUCGCGCCAACUCCAUGCCGAGACAGGCCUCCUCCCGUAUAAGCUCGGCUUCUUCAAUUUCCUGUUCAGGGUUUCCAAGGGCAAAUGGUCAUACUGUGUGGAGAGGUUUAUGGAGAACAGAACCAGGGAACAAGAGCUGGUUAUGGACGAUAAGAACAUGGCCGUUUGCCAACUCGGUAAGCAGGAAGGAGGUGAUCGUUACUAUCACGGUGCAUCAGCUUGGGACAAUCCAUAUCUUGUUAGGGGAACAUAA